UGAUGUCACAAAGAAAAGUGACUUGACUUGGAGGAAGAAAAAGAGGGAGAAGAUCUACAACUUUCUACUACUUUCCUUGUUAACAAAGAAAACCCGACAUUCAAAAUGCCAUCCCAAAAGAAGACCGAGCUGAACGUCGCCGGCAUCGUGACCCAUGGAGAUCUAAACUGCUUAAGUUCCGAGGCGGCCGAUUUUAUCUUUUCCAACGCCCGCAUCUGCUUGCCAGAUAACAUCCACAUCUGUGAUGGCUCCGAAGAGGAGAACAAGAAGCUCAUCCACCAGAUGGAAGAGACUGGCAUGAUCAAGAGACUGCCCAAAUAUGAGAACUGUUGGCUGGCCCGUACGGAUCCCCGCGAUGUGGCAAGAAUUGAAAGCAAAACUGUGAUCGUUACUCAAGAACAAAGAGAUACGGUCCCCGUUGCCAAAAGCGGACUUAGCCAACUAGGUCGCUGGAUGUCCGAGGAUGAUUUUGAGAAAGCAUUCAAGUCCAGAUUUCCCGGUUGCAUGAAAGGUCGUACAAUGUAUGUCAUUCCAUUCAGCAUGGGUCCUAUUGGCUCCCCGCUUUCAAAGAUUGGCAUUCAGCUGACGGAUUCACCCUACGUAGUGGGCAGUAUGAGAAUCAUGACCCGAAUGGGAACGGCCGUCUUGGAUGCCCUCGGAGAAGGGGAGUUUGUUCGAUGCCUUCAUUCGGUUGGCUGCCCUUUACCACUAAAAAAACCACUGGUGAACAACUGGCCAUGUAAUCCAGAGCUGACGCUCAUUGCGCACAUCCCAGACCGCAGAGAGAUCAUCUCCUUCGGAAGUGGCUAUGGUGGAAAUUCUCUUCUGGGGAAGAAAUGUUUCGCUCUCAGGAUUGCCAGUCGGAUUGCAAAAGAAGAAGGUUGGCUGUCAGAGCACAUGCUGAUUUUGGGAAUCACCAAUCCCGAAGGGCAGAAGAAAUAUUUUGCUGCCGCUUUCCCAAGUGCUUGUGGGAAAACCAACUUGGCCAUGAUGAAACCUUCACUGCCAGGCUGGAAGAUUGAGUGCGUUGGUGAUGACAUUGCCUGGAUGAAGUUUGAUGAGCAAGGCAAUCUAAGAGCUAUCAACCCUGAAAAUGGAUUUUUUGGCGUGGCCCCUGGAACCUCUAAGAAGACCAACCCAAACGCCAUGGAAACCAUCCGAAAGAACACCAUAUUCACCAACGUAGCAGAGACCAGCGAUGGUGGAGUCUACUGGGAGGGGAUGGGCGCCAAACUUGAACCAGGAAUCACUUUGACUUCGUGGAAAAACAAAGAAUGUACACCUGAAGAUGGUGAACCUGCUGCCCAUCCCAACUCUCGCUUCUGUACUCCGGCCAGCCAAUGCCCGAUCAUUGACCCCGAGUGGGAAUCUUCGGAAGGUGUACCUAUUGAAGGCAUCAUCUUUGGUGGUCGUAGACCUGCAGGUGUGCCACUGGUUUAUGAAGCAAUGAGUUGGCAACAUGGUGUCUUUGUUGGGUCAGCCAUGAGGUCUGAAGCAACAGCUGCAGCUGAGUAUAAAGGCAAGGUCAUCAUGCAUGAUCCGUUUGCCAUGAGGCCUUUCUUUGGAUACAACUUUGGCCGGUACCUUGCCCAUUGGCUCAGCAUGGAGCACCUCCCAUCUGCCAAGCUGCCUAAGAUCUUCCACGUCAACUGGUUCCGAAAAGACAAGCAAGGAAACUUCCUCUGGCCCGGUUACGGAGAAAACAUUCGCGUUCUUGAGUGGAUGUUCAACAGGAUCAACGGAGAAGACUGCGCCAAGGAGACGCCUAUCGGCCACAUCCCCGCCGAAGGCUGCCUGAACCUGAAAGGGCUCGGAGACAUCAACAUGGAAGAGCUGUUCGAAAUAUCCAAAGAAUUCUGGGAGGAUGAAGUCAAGGACAUCCGAAAAUAUUUUGAUGACCAAGUCAACGUGGACCUGCCUUACGAAAUAGAGUGGGAGCUGGAUUCCUUGGAGGAGAGGUUGAAACAGUUGUGAAGAAGAGUCGAGUUUUAGUCGCGAUGGAGCACUUUUGUUUCAGUUUUAGAGAAGGACUUCUUUCUAAAGACGAGGGUCCCCCGGCUGAAUAAAUAAGCACGUGGUUCCUACUCUGUACCACAUAAUCUUGGGCUUUUUCCGAAGUAACGGGGGGGGGGGGGGGGGGGGUGGACCUAAAGUAGUAGUACGUACUGUAUCCUGUCUUCCUUUUCUUUCUAUUUUCCUUCUCUGCAUUUUGUGUUUAUAAAGAAGAGAGGAUGGGGAGUAAAAAAAAAAAAAGGACAAAAAAAAUAUAUAUCCUGAAGCUUGUAAUAGGAAAACUUGAGUGUGGAAGGAAAAAGUGAAGUGGGGGGAGGGGAUCGUAGGUGAGAAUCCUGAGAGUCCUGGAGGAGCAGAGCGCUUUCAGGAGAUUUUAAGUGUAUAUUUUUUCUUGUAGUUAUGCUUACUUUAUACCUUUUUAUACCUAACUAUAUAUUCUGUGUAUAUAUUUGAAUACCCGUGUUAUUAUUUUCUCAACGUUGUUAAGUGGAAAAAUAAAUUGUUUUUUUUAUAA